GUGAUUUGCUGGAGUUGAUUGAUGACCAAGACAAUGCAGGCAGUGAACAAAAAUAUUCCAUGGGUAGUGAUACAAGUCUCACAGAGAACCUUGAUGUGUCAAAAUCACCCGAAAAACUGCAGGAGAAUGGGUACAAGGUCUAUAAUAACAACGUUCAAUGCAAGAUGAUAACUCAGAUGAAGAGCCUUGAUAAUCCUUACAUUGUGCCGUUUCUGUUCAAUUGCCAAGAAGAUGAUCCUGGUAUCAUAAGCGAAGCAGUUCCCAUCGGAAUUCAAGACAAUGUAGCUUUUGUCUUAUGCCUUGAUACACUGGAACAUAGAAAAGAUUUGUUUUCAAAUGAUAAUGGGUCAUGGGACAUGACUAGCUGCAAGGCAAAAUUCUGCACCAUCACUAGAGAUGAUGGGGGUAAAGUGGUUGAGCUGGAAAAGGUAAGCAUUCAAGCAAGUGCUGAAGUUGCAGUGAAAGAAGAAGUUACACAUGUUCCUCCUACACGUCAUAUCAUAAGACAAUUGUGUCCAUCGAAUUUGCAAAAGAUAUUAAAAAAUGGUUCCCACUUGCGCUUCUUAAUUGCAAUUUGGAUGGUGAGCCCAGAAGAUUUAAGAUCAAAAAGCAUGGCAAUCGAACCUCGUCCAAUAUGCCUCAUAUCCUAUCCAAAGAGAGCACUAAGCUUAAAGUUGCCGAGAAAGCUGUGGAAUUUCGUCCGAAGAGGGCGCUGUCUUUAGCCAGAAAAGAGGCAGGUGGUAUCUGUGAUACUGAUAGCAUUAGUUCCCUCCCACGCAACACGAAGCAAGUUGAAUACCUCACCCGAAAACCAGCCGAUAGAGUAAGCAAGGAUCCACUAGCAUCAGUUCUUGAGCUGCAGAAGACCACAUUUCCUGGCUUCAUCCGUGAAGUAGUGCGCAACGAUCUUCCUACAGUCAUGUUAUUUACUGAUCGACAGUUGAGCAACAUUGUGAAGUUUUGCUGUCACGACAAAGUAAGUUAAACCAGGUCUCCGAACUUGGAGUUGAUAUUACAUUUCAACUUGGUCCAUUCUAUGUGCUUGCAACAAGUUUUAAGAACAUAACUCUUCGAGUAAAGGGAGCAAACAACCAUCCCUCUCUUUUAGGCCCUGUCAUGAUCUGCACGACUAACAUGACGAGCUUUGCCCUCCGAAAAAAAAUAUGCAAAUUAGGCUAAGAAGGAGAAAUUCUCCUCCAUGGCUUAUCAUUAACUGACAGAGAACACCGUAUUUAACACGUUUACUACGCUCUUGGUGUCCCCUAGGAAUUUCCAGUAAUUACUUUUUUCGCACUUAUCGGCGGUCAAAUGCAUGCCGAAAGAAACACGAACCAAUUUAAUUAAGUAUCUCAUGACAUGAAAACAAAUGGUUUCCAGACAUCAACACGCGUGGCUGUAACUGUAUGUUGCGAGGAGAAAUUUGGUCACGUUUGUCUUCGCGGCGUUGGUGUCACUGGAUAAAACUCUCAUAAACCACGUAUUAUUUACUCUCUAAAAACACUUUUAAUAAUUAGUUAAUGCCGCUGUUCCUCGGAGACAUAUACAACUAGUGGUAUUAAAAGCAUGUCGCUCUCUGAUAAAAAAGAAUAUAUAUCUUUACAAGUCGAAUUCUAAAUAACCGGAAACAGUACUUUCAUUGCUCAUCGAAAAAACUUAAUAGUAACGUGAUGAUUCUCUAUUCGCAACACUAAACUGAAAGCACAGUUUUUGAAGAGAAACACAGAUAAUCCGUAAAUAUCACUAUUCCAGCGGUAACA